AUGGUGCCCUCGGGUACAAAAGCAAACACAUGGCCAAAAAAUUCAAGGGAGACUGUGAUUGAGUCCCAAAGGGAACACAUUGAGCAACUAGAACAUGCCAGAGAGAUACUUGUGAGUCAGCUAAAAAGGAAAGGAAAGGAAAUUGAAGAAUCCGUCCUACGGCUGAAAGAGCAAGAAACAACAAGCCAAAGGCUAAACAUUCGGGACAAUGUGGAAAUGAUCAAGGUCCGUAAACAGCUGGUUGAGAAAAGCAGUGCUCUUUCAGCAAUGGAAGGAAAAUUUCUCCAGCUUCAAGAGGAUAUUCAGUCUGCACGUGAACCUAAACGAUUUGCACAGGAUUCACGUUCAGCUUCUCCAUUUAACUACUUUAACCAAAGGAACUUGAAGAGGAGCCAUGAUGCUUUAAUAGCAAAAGGUGAUGAACUGAAUCUACAGCUUAAAGAGGAGCGGUUAAAGUGCCUCCAUCUUGAAAAAGAAUUGCAAUCAGUGACUGUUUCAAACCGAAGGACAGAGGAGUUACAGGAAAGAAUAAACGAUCUAGAAAAAGAGAAGGAACUCUUGAGAGAAAACUAUGAUAAGCUGUAUAACAGUGUCUUCAAUAUGACCCAUGAACAGCAAUGGAUAUUAAAGGAACAGCAACUGAAACUGCAAAUUGCUGAACUAGAGGCUGCUAUCGAAUCUGAUUUAGCACACAAAAAUGAAAUCCUUGACGAGAUCAAAGUAGAAAGAGACCAAAAGGAAAAGCUGAUGCAAGAGAACAAAGACCUGCAGUUAUGCUACCUGAAACAUAAGCAACAACUAGAUGAACUGAAAAAUCACAUGAAGUUUUUGACAAAGGAAAGUGAUAUUGAUGUAGCAGAACUCAGUGAAGCUCUCUUGCUUAUGAAGGUUCAAAAGCAGCAGAAAAAUGGGGACCUAAUGUUUUUGGAAAAAGUAGAAGAUGAUACCCGUAAAGAUUUAGAACACUCCAUGCAGGAGCUGCAGUUAACACAUGCGGAAACAGUGCAAGAACUUGAAAAGACAAGGAAUAUGUUAAUUGUGCAGCACAAAAUUAACAAAGAUUACCAGACUGAAGUAGAAGCAGUGACACAAAAGAUGGAAAGUCUACAGAAAGACUAUGAGUUAAAACUGGAACAGUAUGUCCAUCUUCUUGAUAUUAGAGCUGCACGCAUCCGAAAACUAGAAGCCCAACUAAGAGAUACUGUCUAUGGUACAAAACCACGUAAAUCCAGACCAGAAAUAUUGCCGGGUGAUCCAGUGGAUGAAUUUGAUGAAACUUUACAUUUACAAAGAGGAGAGAACCUUUUUGAAAUUCAUAUCAGCAAAGUGAUCUUCUCUUCUGGAGCUAUGCGUGCUUUUGGUGACCAUGAACCUGCAACUUUUUGUACUUACGCAUUCUAUGACUUUGAACUUCAGACAACCCCAAUAGUUUAUGGGCGUACCCCAUCAUAUGACUUCACUUCUCAGUACCUUGUGCAGGCUGAUAACUGCUUCUUGCACUAUAUACAGCAAAAGAGUAUCACACUUGAGGUUCAUCUUGCAUAUGGCACAGAUUAUGAAACAGUUGCUGCAUGUCAACUGAAGCUCCACGAAAUCUUGGAGAACAGUGGGAAGUUCUACAGCACAGCAAAUUUAGUUGGAAUCAAAGGAAACAUUCAAAAUUACGGUACCGUAGAAUACGGGAUCAGGUUACGAGUUCCUAUAGAUCAAGCUAUUAGUCUCUACAAAGAGAGGUCAAAGGCUCUGGGGUAUAUAACAUCCAAUUUUAGGGAACGUGAACGACCAUCUCAGCAGCAGAUACUCAAAACUGCCCAAGUCAGCACUUCAACAGAUGGCAAUUUAAAUGAACUCCACAUUACAAUAAAAUGUUGUAACAGUCUACAAUCCCGAAAAAAACGUCUUCAGCUAAAUCCUUAUGUUGUCUACAAGUUCUUUGAUUUUGCAGACCAUGAUACUCCCAUCAUUCCUAGCAGCAACAACCCACAAAUAGAUGACCAUAUGUGUUUCCAAGUGCCAAUGAAUGCAGAUUUAGACCGAUACCUAAAAUCAGAAUCCGUAACCUUUUAUGUAUUUGAUGAUGGUGAAACGGAAGAAGGUGCUUAUGUAGGGAAAGCCAAUGUGCCUCUUAUUUCUUUAGCACAUGACAGAUCUAUCUCAGGUACUUUUGAACUAACAGAUUCUGAAAGACGCGCUACUGGUACCAUCACAGUUGAAUUAAAAUGGAAGUUUGUCUACCUACCACCAAGUGGAUCAACAAUGGCUGCACACGUAGUGAAUUACAUUCAAAAUGAGAAGUCAGCGGCAACUAAAUUACAAGCAGAGGAAAAAACGCAGACUCCAGCCCUGUCUCCUUCUUUUACUCCAUCAGUGACAAAACCAACACCCAAGCCAAGGCAGCGUGCAGCUCAAGCAGACAAGAAACUAUCUUUUCUGGAUCUUAGUACAAUACAAAUGGCAGGCUCUGUUGUUGAAAGUAACAUGGAACUUGCACAGAAGAUGAAGGCUUCAAGAGUUCCAAGUGUUUCAGAGCGUGUAGUACAUGAGGUUAAACAAGAAAGGCUAGCAGAUGAUAAGGUGAAGGAGAUGGCUGAAGAAAUUCAACAGGAAAAGGAAGACCUCUCACAUCUGUCAGAGGGGCAGUUGGCCGACCAAAGCUCAGCUACCUCUGGAGAUGAUACAGAAAUAACUGAAGAAUUGGAACCAGAAGAUCAAGAUGAUGGACAAGAAAAUGAUGCCAUUGAAUCAAUAACAACUGACAGCGAUGACUGUAUUGUUUCAAGUCCAGUAUCCAAGAAUAUUAAACAGGCAACUGAAAAAAUCCGGAUUGAAAUUAUAUCGCUCACCCUUACUGAGUCACGAAUUGCAUCAGAUGAAACAGUACAGCAGCUGUUUGUAGAAUGCAGAUUAUACAAUUUCCUUGCAGAGGAAACACCACUGUCACUUCCAAAACCAACAAGUGGUCAGAGGAUUCACUAUAACUAUAGCAAUGUGAUACAUGUGGAUAAGGCAAAUAAUAGUGCAAGAAGAGAAUAUCUCAAGUCUAUGCUUCUAAAGCCAGAUCUACAUACUGACAGCCUACGAUUUACAGUGGUCAGUGAUCCCCCAGAAGAUGAACAGGAUCUUGAAUGUGAAGAUAUUGGUUUCGCUUAUGUCAGUUUGAGAGAAAUAUUCCAGAAGCAAAGAGAUAUCAUUGAGCAAGAUACUGACAUUUUCGAUUCACAAGAUGAUAGUGCAGUAAUUGGAAAGCUCAAAGUAACAGUGGAAGCCCUCCAUGCGCUGCGUUCAGUCUAUGAGGAAUGCAAAGAUGACUAGGAGGCAUGAAAGGGAAGUUUGCCUACAGAAGUUCCUUCUCCCAGUGUAAAUACAUGCUUGAUAGUGCUUCAAAGAUGAGAUCUUUGUAAUUCUUACAGUAUAUUUAAUGUAUAAUUUAUAUGAAAAGGACGCUUGAUUUGUAGUUGUAAAGUUUUGUAUACUUUUCAGUCUGUUUGUUUUUAUAUUUCCCCCCUAAGGCUAAGAAUCUCUCCACAAUGGACAACUUCUUGUAAAUAAUUAAUACCUACAUGAUUGAAUGAUGUGCUUUAUUUGCAUUUUCAAGAUUUUUUCGUACAUAAAACAGUAAUAAAAAUGCAAGUCAAAUUUUUAAUUUUUAAUAAAAACUAUAAGCCUUAGAAAACUGAUUAAAAAUACUUUUAUGUUAUCCCUAAUCACCCCACUAAAUGGAAUGCCUGUGAUUAGCCUCAUUAAGAAUUUUAUACUGUGAAGAUUUUAUUAAAAGCAAUAUAUGAAAAUUACUUGGAUUAAUGUGUUAAUCUGCCUCUUUAAAAUGCUAAUAUCCAUUUUAUGCACAUUAAAUCUCAGUAUGUGUUUUCUUUGAUGCAUGCAGCUGCUAUCAAUUAAAUAUAAAAAAUGAGGCUAGUUGCAGGACUUAUUAAAUUACUGCAAUCUUAUUUUAAAUAACUUUUACCCUUCUACUAACAUUAUAAUCAGCUGUUUAUGAUUAUCAUGAUUUGAAGUAGGGGGAGGGCAGGCACUAUCAUUUUUCUGUACAGUAAAAGAUUUACUUUCAGCCAACAUCUGUCAAAGCACAAAAAGAAGCCAUACAGUAUCAGAUUUUGCUUCACCUAGUUUGAGCUGUAGGGACAGGCAACUGUGUUUUCAUUUGGGGUUUGACACUUUUAGAACUUAUAUCUAACACAUACAAUGAAUCGUUGUAUCUGAAUAACCAGUGUCUAGCUUGGAAAGUUAAUUUUCCAGCUUUUAACCAAUCUCAGUGAAGGAUUUAAUUGAUAUUUUUAAUGGAGCUGUGAGUCAAUGCUGCAAAAGGAUUGUCUCUUGAGAACGAGGAUAUAAUACAUUUCAUUUUUUAAUUUACUUUUUUAUUUGUCAUUUUCUUCAAAGGGUUUUAUAGGUUGUGGAUUUCCACUGUUUGCAAACAGGCUAUGUUUCUUCAUAAGCAUAUGUAAAGUAUUCAGAGAGAUAAGUAAUUUAUUAAAAUCUACCUAAUUUGCCGUGAUAUAUUAAAUCUCUGCUUCAGUGAUCACAGACCAUUUCAUUUAGAGAAUUAGGCAUUCCCUCUUUGUGUGAUUAAAGCUCUGGAAAAUGAGUUCUUUGCUCCUAUUUGUGAACACUCAAAGCCUGCUAAUGGCAAGAAGAUGGAAUAGAUUAUGAGACAAUUCAUUACAGUUCAACAGAAAAAAAAACCCAGCUAUAAUGCAGAAAUGCAAGUAUGAAUAUCUGCAUAUAGUUUGAACCAUCUGUGCUCUAAUGGCUUCAAUAAUGGCUCUUCGCCUUCAGUAGGCUUUGAAAUGACAUCCA